AUGCGUUCUUUGCGCCUACCUACGGGAGAUGCAUUGUAUAUGAAACAUGUCUAUUAUGAUCAGGUGUGCAUGUUGUGUGGAAGGGAGAAUGAGACUACCAUUCAUCUUUUCACUAGUUGUUCUUAUGCUCAUGAUUGUUGGCGUGUGUUGGAGGAGUCUUGGAGUUUAGCUUCUGUAGAAUCUCUCCAUUCGUGGCUCGAGGAGAUGCGGGAGGCUCUUCCAGUAACAAUGCUUGAGAAAGUUGUGAUGGUGUGUUGGGAGAUUUGGGAAAAUAGAAACGCUAUGCUUUGGAAACAACAGUUUAUGGAUCCUCAUAUUGCGGUGCGACAUGCUAUAUCCUUUCGGGAAAGCUGGAAAACUGUUAACAAUGUUGUGCAUGUAGAUUGUCGUGUCUUGGGGCAGUCCGCUAUUGCUGUGGUUAGUUGGCAACUUCCUCCUCCGGGGUUCUUGAAAAUGAAUAUUGAUGUUGCAAUGGACGCUCAACGUCAGAGAAUGGGGUUUGGUUGGGUGAUUCGAGAUGAUGGGGGCCGAGUGCAAGGGGUGUUCAUGUCAAAGAGUCGAGGGUUUGUACUCAGUAAGGGAAGCUGA